AUGGGAAAGGAGGAUCUGAUUCGCGUGCAUGACCUAAUCAGCAAGGCCUUGCAUGGCCACACUGGAGCAGCUGCGGCCUCUACAGGCGCUACAGCCGUUGACGGAGCGGUAGCAGCUACAGCGGUUUCAGUGCCUAUCACUCGUGUGUCCGCACCUUUCACUUUUCCUGCACGCUCUCGCGCUGCCCCUUCUCGUGCCACCCCUACGCCCGCCGCCCCUUCUCCUGCCGCCCCUUCGCCCGCCGCCCCUUCUCCGGCUGCCCCUUCGCCCGCCGCCCCUUCUCCUGCCGCCCCUUCUCCCGCUGCCCCUUCUCGUGCCACCCCUACACCUGCUGCCCCUUCUGCCACCGCCCGUUCUCCUGCCGUCCAAGCCUCCUGUGGUCAACCCACCCACCAAGCCACAUGGGCAGGUUCGGCCCUCCAAACGCCUUCUCAACCGAUUUUGACCAGCCUAGAAAUCCCCACGCCUUCUGUCAAUGCAUGGCCCUCCUCACACCCCUUGCAACCCUCACACCCCGCACACCCUGCACAAUCCUUGCAGCCCUCACAGCCGUUGCAGCCUGUGCCUUGUAUUGAUAGUCGCCCCUCCUCACACCCCUCACAGCCCCCCGAGCUGCCUUCUCUGCGACAAGACUUGCCUGUCUCUCAUUCUCAGUCCAACACCCACUCUUACGAGAUCACCCCCCCUCAUCCCAGCCCCCCUUAUCCCGCUCUCCCUCAACCCACUCCCCCUCGCACCACCCCUACUUCCCCCACGCCCCUUAACUCAAACCCCACCUUCCCCAACCCCCCUCGCCCCAACCCACCUCGCAUCGGCUCCCCCCGUCGCCUGGCCUGCGACAGCCCAACCCCCUGGCCCUCCACCAGGCGCUAUUUCGGCGUCACCUGGUACCGCAACGCGUGGCAGGUGUUUCUCACGGCAACCAAGGCGGAGCAGCAGCAGUUUGGCGUGAGCACGCAGUGGUACUGCGGCCGCUGGCCUAAGAAUCAGGUGGAGGACGCAGCAGCAGCCGCGGAAGCAGCGCAUUUUGUGCUCAAAGGGGGGGGAGCGGGUGGGGGAGCGGGAGCAGGAGGAGGAGCAGAAACGGGAGGGGAAGCAGGGAGGGGGGGGAAGAGCGGGACGGAGCGAGUGUAUUACUUUCUUUCGGGAAGAGAUAAAGAGCGGUUGAUAGAGAUGGGGAAAGCGAAAGCAGCAGAGCUGAUAAAGAAGAAGCGGUGGGUGAUAUGGCAGCAGUGGCGUACCUGGUGGGGCGAGGAGCAGGAAUUGCACGCAACUGCUACCGCUGCUGCAGGGUUAUCCCUAGGUUCAGCGUCCAAGUCUGUCCGUGAGGCAAAUGCGGCUGGUAUCCCUGUUAAAGCCCUCGCUCUCGCCUCCCGGUUCCGUGUUUCUUCACCUGGCCGUGCUUCUCGGGCUGCUUCGCGCCGCCCUGCCCGGGCAGCCGAGGGGGACGUUGACUGUGUUUCUCCCUCCCACCUUCUCGCUCUCUGCACCCCUUUCGCCACCGCGAAUAACGAGGAGGCGGAAGAGUUGCUUGCUCUCUUGAAUCUUCCCCCUCGCUCCAGACGUCGUCGCGGUCGCCCCACUACUCGCUCCACUCCCCGCGCUCGCAACACUUCUCGCGCUCGCUCCACCCCUCUCGCGCCCUCUGCUCCUGCCACGCCUGAGCCCGCUCAGAGGGCUGUGUCGGUUGCUCCUGAUCCCACUGGUGUUCAGUCACAUGAGCUGCAGCAGCAGCAGCAGCAGCAGCAGGAGCAGCAGGGUGGUGAGGAGGAGCGGCAACAGCAACCGGAGGAGGAGGAGUAUCAAGUCCCGCAGAAGUAUUAUGGCGUGUCGUUCCGAUACAACAAGUGGGAGAUCCGCCUCUACAUGUCACCUGCACUCAAGAAGCGGUACGGCUUGGGGGACCAGCUGUACUGCGCGCGGUGGGAUAGAGAGCAAGGGGAGGAGGCGGCAGCUGCAGCGGAGGCGAUUCAUUUCGUGCUGGGGAGAAAGAAGAAGAGGGCGUAUGAGUAUGUAACGGAGGAGGAGAGAGAGCGGUUGAGAGAGAUGGGGAUGGAUCGGGCGAUGAAGCUGAUCAUGCAGGGGAAGUGGAAGACAUGGCGGGAGUGGCGGCCGGGGCAGGAGGGGGAGGAGAUGGAAGAGGAGGGGGGGGGGAGGGGGGAGGAGGAAGGGGAGGAGGAGGUGGAGGAGGAGAAGAGGGUUGUGAGGGAGAGGAGGGAUGAUGCUGAAUCAGGGGGGGAGUGUGGUGAGGGGGAGAUGGGGAGUGCGAGGGGAGGAGGGAGUGGAGGGAGAGGAGGGAGGGGGGGGAGAGGAGGGAGGGGAGGGAGAGGAGGCGGGGCAGGGAGAGGACAGGGAAGAGGAAGAGGAGGAGUGAUGGGAGGAGGGGGGGCGCAAAUGGCUGGCAGCACUGCUGUGCCCGGGGGUGAGGAGGGGAUGGUGUUUGAAAUGGGGGAGGAGAGAUGGAGUGCGAGGGGGUUCACAUGGGAAGAGGGGCACGGUGGGGUGUGCAGGGGGGGAGGUGCGAGGGGCAGAGGAGGAGGAGGGUGGGAGGAGGAAGGGGAGAUGGAUGAAGAUACAGAGGAGGGGGAGGUCGAGGGCGAGGAGGGUGGGGAUGGGUGGGAGGAGGGAGCGUGGGAUGAGGAGGCGUGGGAGGAGGAGCUGUAUAAUGCACAGGAAAGGGAGGAGGAGGAGGAGGAGGAGGAGGAGGAGGAGGAGGAGGAGGAGGAGGAGGAGGAGGAGGAGGAGGAGGAGGAGGAGGAGGAGGAGGAGGAGGAGGAGGAGGAGGAGGAGGAGGAGGAAGGGGGGAGGGGGGGAGGAGGAGGAGGAGGAGGAGGAGGAGGAGGAGGAGGAGGAGGAGGAGGAGGAGGAGGAGGAGGAGGAGGAGGAGGAGGAGGAGGAGGAGGAGGAGGAGGAGGAGGAGGGGGAGAGGCUGGGAGGAGGGAGGAGGAUGGGAGGACGACGGAGGUGAUUGGGGGGAGGAAGAGAUGGUGGACAAAACAGGGUCGGAGGAGGAGGGAUAUGAUGAAGAGGGGAGGGUGGAUGGAUGGGAGGCGGAAAUGGAAUGGAAGCUAG